AUGUACGACGUGAAAGUUGGUAAUGAUUUAUGGACCCGUCACUACAAUCAGCAGUGUCCAAGAAACUCAAAUAUCCCUACCAGUACACAGUCAUCUCUACCUCUGGAUAUGCUCUUAGAUACUUUUAACUUACCUACGACUGACAAAACAGAAAAGCAAAAUUGCGCAGCUCAGACAACUCCAGACAAAGCAGAAGCCGCAAACUCAACAAGCAGACGAAGCAACAGACGUCGACAACAAACUGAACGGUUUCAGAUAAACCCCAAGAAAGCACGCUAUUAA